CCCCCAACAGCUGGCUUGCCCCUUGGUGUUCUAAACUUGGCCAAAAUAAAACCGUAUCAGAGAGGCUUUUUCUGUAAUGAUGACAGCAUCAAGUAUCCGUUCCAUGACAGUACCAUCACAUCCACUGUCCUCUACACAGUGGGGUUCACCCUGCCCAUUUGCUCUAUAAUCCUAGGAGAGGCUCUCUCUGUCUUUUAUAAUACUUUGCACUCGAAUUCAUUUGUCAGAAAUAACUACAUAGCCACUAUUUACAAAGCCAUUGGGACCUUCCUUUUUGGAGCAGCUGCUAGCCAGUCAUUGACAGACAUUGCCAAGUACUCCAUAGGUAGACUGCGUCCUCACUUCCUCGCUGUGUGCGAGCCCGACUGGACACGAAUCAACUGCAGUCUAGGUUACAUUGAGAACUUCUCAUGUCAAGGAGACAAAGCAAAAAUCAAUGAGGGAAGACUAUCAUUUUACUCUGGCCAUUCUUCGUUCUCCAUGUACUGCAUGCUCUUCCUAGCA